AUGGGUAAUGUGCCGUUCUGGACGAACGUUGUUGUUUCCCUCUUAUACCUGAGUGGAAUAACAAACGGUCAACAUUAUUAUCAUGAAAAUCCUUCGCAUGGAUUUAAAACUUUUACCCCCCAAGUAAAUAUAAAAAAUUUUUUUGGAACCAAAUAUUUUCAUAAAUUUUCGGACAAUAAUGGUCCAUCACCUUCUUCAUUCAAUUCAUUUGAGCAGCCGAUGCCUGUACCUCUUCCGCCGCCGCCGCAGUCCAAUAUGCCGCCUCCUCCACCCAUGGGAUCGCCUUUAGGACCACCAUCCUUACCUCCCAUGCCACCGCAAUUGUCGUCGCCGCUACCACCGCUACCGCCGCCACCACCACCUCCUCCUCCGUCUUAUCCAAGAGGAAUGUAUCCUUAUGAAUACCAUAGUUCUAGAAUGCCACUACAGCAGCAACCGCCUCUUCCUCCGUCACCCAUGUCAAGGGAGUAUCCAGGUCACCAUGAAGGUAUGUAUAAUGAACCCAUGCCUCCAAAUCAUUGUCCAUCUUGCGCGGAAUGUGAAGGGAACGAAGAAGAUUAUUAUGGAGAAAAUGACGAUCAUUGCGAUGGAGGUUGUCCGUGUGCCGGACCUUACGGAAGAUAUAAUAAUUAUUCCAAUGGAGAAAGUAAUAGACCGUGUAAUUGUGAAGGGGGUUGUCCGUGUGACUGUGAGGGAGGUUGCCCGUGUGAAUGUGACGGUGGUUGUCCCUGUGAUUGUGAAAGAGGAUGUCCGUGCGCUUGCGAAGGUGGUUGCCCUUGUGACGGAGGUUGUCCGUGUGCAUGUAAUGGAGGUUGUCCCUGCGCUUGCGGAGAUCACGAUUAUAUGGAUAAGGGCUACCAAGAUAAACAAAACUACCAAGAUGGUGGACACUGUCCUUACUGCAGAGGAGAAGGUUGUCCCGAAUGUAGAGGAGAUCGCGGAUACGGUUAUCACGAACCUCCUCCACCGCCACAACCACCCAUUAGAAAUUCCCCAGCAUUCCACAGAUACUCGCCCAUGAAUCAAAUGAACCCCGAUGAAAUGGACUAUUCUCAAAAUCCAAACUUACAACCUCACACCGAAAUUUACCCCUUGCCACCCUCUUAUAAUCCCAUGAUUCCACCGCAACCCCUUCCACCUUCCAGACAACUACCAAAUCAAGAUUACAUGCCAAUGCCUCCCGGUGAUACCGGAGGUUACACAGAAAUUCAAGAACUUCCACCCGUAAUGUUACCACCAAAAGUAUCCAUGGACAUGCCCCCACCUCAUUAUUCACCUCCAUUAAGAGGUGUUCCACCUCCACCACCACCACCAAUGCCACCCCGCAUGUCCAUGCCCGAAACAUUUCAUCCCACACCACUGCCAGAGAGAGAGAGAAAGAAAGGAAGGGUAACUUAUUUACGAGAAGAAAAAUCUUUGGAAAAACAAACGUUUCAAAAGGGGAAAUUAAAUUUAAAUUAUAAAGCUUCAGAAGAAGCAAAAAAAAUGUAUAGAGCACUACAAAUAUUAAAUCCAUCUCCAGAACUUUCCGGUGAAUAUAAAUGCACCGUAUCAACAUUUGAAAAAGAAGAAUCACAAUCUAAAAAAAUGAUUAUUUUCGUUACAUCAUCAUUACUAUCAUUAUCAAAAUGUGCCCCUUCAUUUAAAACUUAUAAAAUGGCGCAAUGA